UGAAUGCCAUUCUAUUCAUCUCGUCAUGGCUCACAUUGCCUCAACUGCUUCAGCCACAUUCUUGGCUCUCCAGCGCGGGUCAGUGCAACAGAGUAAAAGUUUCCCGGGCUUUUCCAGAAGUAGGGGAAUUCAGUCGUUCUUAUUUACAAAUUCUCCGAGGAAACGGUUGCAAGUACGAUUGUUUUCUUCCGGGACAAAUCGCAGCAAUGGAGAUAUUGUGGAGAUAUCUGAGAGUGAAAAGAAACUGAGGAGCUACGUUUGGCCUGAUACAAGGAAGCCUAGGGUGUGCAUAUUGGGUGGUGGAUUCGGCGGUUUAUAUACUGCGUUGAGGUUGGAGUCGCUUGUGUGGUCUGACGACAAAAAGCCGCAGGUUCUUCUUGUUGACCAAUGUGAACGUUUUGUUUUCAAGCCGAUGUUGUACGAGCUUCUAUCUGGAGAAGUGGAUGAAUGGGAAAUAGCUCCCCGAUUCUUAGAUUUGCUGGCAAACACUAGUGUCCAGUUUUUGCAAGACAGAGUUAAACUUCUGCAGCCCUCUGAUCAUUUUGGAAUGGAUGGACAGCCUGCCUCUAGUUGUGGAGGAACCGUGCAUCUUGAAAGUGGCCUUUCUAUAGAAUAUGACUGGCUGGUUCUUGCUUUGGGAGCUGAGACUAAACUUGAUUUCGUACCAGGAGCAACUGAGUUUGCAUUGCCCUUCUCCACACUAGAAGAUGCAAUUAAAGUUAAUAAUAAUUUAAAAACAUUGGAGAGAAAAUACUUUGGUAAGGAUUCCCAAAUCAGUGUGGCAGUUGUUGGCUGUGGUUACUCUGGAGUUGAGUUAGCUGCUACAGUGGCAGAGAGAUUAAAGGACAAAGGGAUUGUUAGAGCAAUCAAUGCUGAAAACAUGAUCUGCCCGAGUGCCCCGCCUGGCAAUAGGGAAGCUGCACUGAAAGUUCUUUCAUCCAGAAAGGUUGAGCUUAUAUUGGGUUAUCUGGUCCGCUGCAUUCGGAGGGUGAGUGACUUGGAGUCUUCAGAUACCCUGACAGGGGAAGGUGAAAACCAGGGAAAUCAAUCUGUAUAUGAUUCUGAUAAAUUUGUUUUGGAGCUGCAACCUACCGAAAGGGGAUUAAAAAGGAGAAUUCUAGAAGCAGAUCUGGUAUUGUGGACUGUUGGUUCUAAAUCUUCUCUUACUCAGAUAGAACCCUCAGAUUUAUCAUCUCCACUUCCUCUCAAUGGCCGGGGGCAAGCAGAAACAGAUGAAACUCUUCGUGUUAAGGGCCACCCGCGGAUAUUUGCUCUUGGUGACUCCUCUGCAAUAAGAGAUUCACGUGGACGGAUCCUUCCAGCCACUGCACAGGUUGCAUUUCAGCAAGCCGACUUUACUGGUUGGAAUCUUUGGGCUGCGAUUAAUGGCCGUCCACUUUUGCCAUUUAGGUUUCAGAAUUUGGGUGAGAUGAUGACGCUGGGAAGAAAUGAUGCUGCCAUUUCUCCCAGUUUUAUUGAGGGACUGACCUUAGAUGGUCAGAUUGGUCAUACAGCAAGGAAGCUAGCAUAUUUGUUGAGGUUACCAACAGAUGAACAUAGGCUUAAAGUAGGGAUCAGCUGGUUCACAAAAUCUGCCAUUGAUUCAGUGGCUUCGCUACAGAGCACCUUAACCAAGGUUCUUUCCGGUUCAUAGCUCCCUCUUAAUCGACGCUUCUUCCAUGUUGAAGACAGUCUUCUAUGUAUGGUAUUAAUAUGCUAUAGCUGUCUUCCCUUUUCUUCCAUAUAAUCACAGUUUAUUGGUGAUAUUCUGUAUAAAGAUUUAAAAUUUGUCACAAGAAUUCAUUGUUUUUAAAUAAAAAAACAGGUGUUUUGAUCCGACAUAUGGAUUUGACGAUGUAUUGACAAUACUUGAAUCUGAUUUUGUAAUAUGAGAUACUAGAUAAUUGUGUGAAAAUAGAUGUUUGGAAUAAUUAUGGUGUGUUCGGC